AUGAAAUUUCUAGUCCUAGUGACGACUACAUUGCUGCCUUUGAUCCCUGGUGUUGUAUACGGGGUGGACUUUGAUGGAUGGUGCGCCUCACAUUACGGGAACGUGGGAAAACCAUGGGCGAUUUGCGGCAAGGCAGAAUAUGUGAACAACGACCCAAAACAAGGCAUAUCACGUUGGAGUGUCCGACCGCAAGAUAAGUGCAAACUCUUGAAGGAUGACCCGACCGCAAUCCCGUUUUGCUGUGCGAAUUCAAUACACAAGAUAGUCACUACCCGUUUUUGGGGCUGGCGUUCUGGCAUUGCAGUGGAUGCUGUUAUGAUCAAGGAAGACUGUCACAAAUUAGCAUAGUCACCAGUUUGGAUACUUUUUCAACCUUAUAUAUCUGCUUGCAAGGAAUCUUGGCACGGAUUUUCUACUCUUCCUAGGAAUCAAUAUUUCCUUCCUCCAAAUUAAACUGCCGAUUGUACAUACUCAGGGCUGUGUCUAUCAAUUAAGGGGGUUCACUUACUG